CAGCGCGCUCUGUGAUUGGUUCUCCUACUUCCGGUUUCCGGCGGCACCGUUCUCGCACGUGAAGGUCAGCAUUCUGGCAUAAACUGCUCCGUAUUUUUACAUUCGUCGGGCUAAGGUUGCAUUUUGUGGCAAUAUGGACGGAAAGGCAGCGAACACGGACCCUCAGCUCCAGCAGUUCAUUGAGGUUGAGUCUCAGAAGCAACGAUUUCAGCAGCUGGUGCACCAAAUGACGGAAGUGUGCUGGGAGAACUGCAUGGACAAACCUGGCCCAAAGAUGGACUCUAGGACAGAAACAUGCUUUGUCAACUGCGUGGAGAGAUUCAUUGACACUAGCCAGUUCAUCCUGAACCGGCUGGAGCAGACCCAGAGGAGUCGAGGGUCUUUCUCGGACAGCAUGGCGGACUAAAAUGAAGGAAUCCGUGUGUAUAAGAAACUACAGUGCCUCAGAUUAACAGCGUGCGCAUCUUCAUUUGUUCUCCUGCUGCCAGUUUGGAAUGUCAUGUCAACGUGGAAGCCAAAGUUCACCGUCCUUGUGAUGUUCCAAGCGGUUUGGGAGCCACGACUGGGACAUUUUUGCUACAGAGGCCACAAUUAUCAUCCUGAAGAUGUUUACCGUACGCUGGAUUGUACAUAUGCAAUAAACGCAACUUCCAACUG